AAUCAGUGAUUGUCAGCACUGCUGGGUAAUGCCCAGGUUCAUCCCAGGCAGAGUGUUCUUGGCUUCCCAGGCAGCAGGUUGGGUCCAGUCGCACAUCCCUGUCCUAACACAUCUACAGAGCCGGGCCAUGGCCAGCCACCCAUUGAUUGUGGCCCCCCCAGCCUCCCUGAGGAAGCCCCUGAGCAUUCCAAACAAACUUCUGUUGGGACCUGGACCUGCCAAUCUUUCUUCUCGGGUCAUGCUUGCUGGGACCCACCAAAUAAUCGGGCACAUGCAGGAUGAAAUGUAUGAGAUCAUGGAUGACAUCAAAGAUGGCAUCCGGUAUGCUUUCCAAACACAGAACAAGCUCACCCUGGCCCUCAGUGGCUCCGGACACACAGCUAUGGAAGUUUCUGUGUUAAACCUGGUUGAACCAGGGGAAUCUAUCCUGGUGGGGGUGAAUGGCAUCUGGGGAGAGCGGAUAGUGGACAUGGCUGAGAGGAUUGGAGCCAAAGUGCACCAAAUGGUAAAGGUCCCUGGAGAGUAUUUCACUCUGCAAGAUGUGGAGAAGGGCCUCACUCAACAUAAACCUGUGCUGUUUUUUCUCACCCACGGAGAAUCAUCCACUGGAAUACUGCAGCCCCUGGAUGGCUAUGGUGAUCUUUGCCACAGGCAUGAUUGUUUGCUCCUGGUGGACUCUGUAGCCUCUUUAGGGGGAGCUCCAAUUUACAUGGACAAGCAAGGCAUUGACAUCUUGUACUCUGGCUCUCAGAAAGCCUUAAAUGCCCCUCCUGGCACUUCCCUGAUUUCUUUCAGUGAAAAAGCCAGAAGUAAGAUUUUUAAUCGAAAGACAAAGCCUUUAUCUUUCAAUUUGGACAUGAAGUUGCUGGCCAACUGUUGGGGUUGUGACGACAAUCCUAGAGUGUAUCAUCACACCAUCCCAGUCGUCAGCUUCUUUGGCCUUCGAGAGAGCUUGGCCCUGUUAGCUGAAGAGGGCCUGGAGCAGAGCUGGAAGAAGCAUCGAGAGGCCACGGAAUACCUGUACAAAGAGCUUCAGAAGCUGGGCCUCCAGCUCUUUGUGAAGGAGCCGAAGGCGAGGUUACCCACGGUCACCACAGUGGUUGUGCCUCAGGGAUACAGCUGGAAGGACAUCACCUCCUACCUCUGGAAGAAACAUGACAUUGAGAUCGCUGGGGGCCUGGGACCUUCUGUUGGCCUGGUGCUGAGGAUCGGUCUCUUCGGGUGCAACGCCACCAAAGCCAGCGUGGACCGCGUCAUCCUGGCUCUGAAGGAUGCCCUGCGGCACUGCCCCAAGAGCAAGCUAUAGGGGGGCCAGCCCCUCCCCCACCUCCUCUUCUGAAAUAAGCUGACCCUGACCUUGAUUGGGCUGGGAGUGGGUGAGAAUCUGAAGGAGCAGGGCCAGAGAAGGAAGGGGGAACAUGAAGAAGUUCAAGGGCAGGCAGGUAGCGGGGUUCGGGGCCCUCCCUCUGCUCUGGCACUGCCUAUUCCUCAUAUAGGCCAAUCAUCCCUAGGUCCCUUUUCUGUAGCACUCAGAGCCCCAACCUUCUGGGAAAUGGCCUUUGCCGCUUCUGAUGUCUUGAGGGUUUUCUGGGGCUGGGAAAUUGGGGUCAGCCCAGUGCCAUGCCUAUGUCUUUCUUUAACUAAAGAGCCUGUUUGGUCUGCCCUGGCCUUUCUGUCCUCCCCACAAAGAAGACUAAGUAAAGUCAUGGUACAUCAGUCAUCGAGGCCCCCAGAAGGACCCUAAGGAAAUCCGAGACACUUGAGAACAGCACCAAAGUGCUUUCAGCAAAUGCUGAGCCCAGGGUCGUGAGCAGGGCCCCCAGUGCGGGGCUACACCCACCACAAGAAGCCCAUCAAGGGCUUGUCUGACAAACCGCCACGGCAGCCUAUGCAAUUCAUCACUCUCUGUUUUCUUGCUUACGUGCACACACAGUGGUAAAGGCACGAAUGAAGGGAGGGCACAGGAAGGUUUACUGGGAGGACUCACUAGGGUUGAGAACCUUGAGUGAAGGAUUUUGAGCAGACUAGGCUCAACAGGGACCAACUCAAGCGUGCAAGCAGGUGUGUGUGUGUGUGUGUGUGUGUGUGUGUGUGUGUGUGUGUGUGUGUGUGUACAUGCGCACUUUGCCGCUAACUCUAUUCCCAUCUCAGCAAUGACGCCCUGCAAUCAGACAGCACAGAGGCAUACUGGAGAAGGCAUUGGAUUUGGAGUCAUGAAAACCUGGGUUCAAAUCCCUCCUGAGACCCUUUCUCACUCUGGGAUUGGGGUAGCUAAAUGACUUCAGUGUACCUCAGUUCCUCAUCUCUCAAGUGGAGAUCCCUUCGAUGCUUGUGGUGAAGAUAUCAAUGAGCAACCUAUAGAAAGUGCUUUGCAAACCUCAAAAACUUCAUGAAACUCAAAACUCAU